AUGGCCAAAGCACAAAUAUGUAUUUGUUUCAUCAUCUUCUUAUCUCUUUGGUCAGAAUGUUUUUGUAUAAUGCUCUUUGAGUUUGAUCUUUUGUUACAGAGCCCCGGAAAAUGGUGUGUUGCUAAACCUUCUACGGCUACCAAUAAACUUCAACAAAACAUAGACUACGCGUGUUCGAAAGUCGAUUGUAAGAUUAUAUCGAAAGGAGGUGCAUGUUAUUCUCCAGAUAGCCUCAUUAGUACUGCGUCUGUUGCCAUGAAUCUUUACUACCAAACUCUAGGAAGAGAUUUCUGGAGCUGCCAAUUCGAAGGCUCUGCUUUCAUUAGCGUAACUGAUCCUAGCUAUGGAAAUUGCAUUUAUACAUUUCAUAAGUAA